CAACUAGUAGGGUCAUUGUUGGAAAUGGAAAUGUUGCUAUGACAACCGAAACCUUGGUGACUGAACCAAACAGAGCUCGCUCAGUCUCCCAAGACCAUAUCAAGCAAGUCUGUAGACAUGUCUACGGAAAAGGUGACAAAGGUAGAAGAGAGUUUUCAAAGGUCCCUGGGACUUAAGAAGUUGGUUGACAGGUGGCGAAAUUCACACACUCACUGUCUGUGGCAGAUGACAUUGAGCCAGAGGAGAAACCCUUAUGCCACCCUAAGGAUGAGGGAUAUCAUGGUACAGGAGCUGGCACUGGCAAGCAAGCAACUACUGAUGGUCCGGCAGGCUGCCCUACACCAACUGUUUGAAAAGGAGCAUCAGCAGUACCAGCAGGAACUAAAUCAGAUGGGCAAAGCUUUUUAUGUGGAGAGACUCUGAUGCCAUCUGAAACACUGUCCUUUCAUUUUCAUCAUGCCCAGUAACCUGCCCUUCUUGAGCCCCUACCACCUGGACCUUCCUUUCCAAAACACACCUGGAGCUAGUCACCUGCCCACUCACACCUCUGAAGCCCUGGUGCUAUUUGGAAAAUAAUCUAUAAAACAGUGGUAAAAACAAGAGUGACACCUUGUGGUCAGAAUGAGAUAUACAGUGUUGAUGUAAGUGUGGGGAGGGGAGGUGGAGAGAUGGACAAUGGGAGAGAAUCCUGAUUUGGUUUAACAAAUGAAGCUAGCUCUUAAACUGUUGCAGGGGUAUCCAACCCAUGGCCCAACAUGGCUAUGAAUGUAGCCCAACAUAAAAUCGUAAAUUUACUUAAAACUUUUAAGAGAUUUUCCUGUGAUUACGUGUUGCAAUGUAUUUAAUGUAUGACCCAAGACAACUCUUAUUGUGGUGUGGCUGAGAUGCCAGAAGAUUGGACACCCCGUUAAGGUUCAUACUUACACCACUUGGCUCAUUCUUGCAGCCCUGAAUCUUAA